UGGGUGCAAUGCAGAUAGGCAGCUUCCUGUGCCCGUCAUAUCGUCGCUGCCACUCACUCUCCUCUCUCUCCCUCUCUCUCUCUCGCAUCGGAUCCAAGGAUAAAUUAAAGCUCCGUCUGCAACCAAGAUUAUACUUCAGAAAUAAGCACAGCAAGGCAAGGCAAGGCAAGGCAUCCGAGCAGUGCGACAGAAAACUGAACAAGGCAACUAAUCGAUCCUUCCACCAUCGAUCACCAUGGAGAGCAACAAGAUCCGUGAUCCGCUGCUUGCCACCGUGCCCAAGGAGGAGGCCAUCCCGGCUGCCGUCCGGCGGGCCAGUGGAUGGGCGCUCUUGGCCGCGUGCGGCACCAUCCUCUCGUUCGCCGCGGGCCAUGCGGCCGCCUACGCAGUCGGCCAGUACCAAGUCUGCUCCACCCAGGUCGGACUACGUAACUACACCCGCUUGGCUGGUUUCUGCACAUUCCGAAUUAUCGAUCGAUGGAUCCAUCCAUCAUAUUCAAGAUGGUUGGGUGUGGUGUUCGUCUGGAUGCACACGCCGUUCGUCCUGCGGUGCGUCCAGUGGACCGACGCGCAGGCCGCCGACGACAGCGCCCUCUGGUUCGGGAUGCUAUGGUGCGCCCUACUCCAGGCGGCUGCGGCGGCGCUGGGGCUGCACCUCCCGUGCCGCCGCCGCUGGGCCCGCCGCGCCCUCGCCUUCCUCGCGCUCGUCGUCACCUUCGUCGGCCACUGCAUGUACGCCGCCGCGGUCCGCCUCCUCCUCGCCGUCGACCCAGCAUACAUCAUCGCCAGGAUCUUCUGCACGGCAAACAUCGUCAUCUUCGCGGGGGGCGACCUCAUCUGCUUCCUGGGCUUCCUCCUGGGAGGUGACAACUGAUGAGCAGGGCGUAGGCAGCCGAUCGAUCAGUUCGCGCAUUCAUGAGGUACGGAUGAAGUGAUGAGUACCAUUAUGCUUUUUCUGAGGAAUAAGAAAGUAGAGUAUGCAUUAUGCUAUGACCAUUGAUGGAGUGCGGUAUGUCUGAAUUUACUAGUGUUAGUUGGACGGAUUGACUAUACUAGUUAGUAGUAUCUGUGUAAUGUGGGCUAUAUACUUCGCUUGGAUUAUAUAUUGGACCUUUUCAUUUCCCUGCAGUAUGAUCAUCAGACUUCAGACAUAAGUUAUAUGUUCCACCUUC